ACGGGGGGGGUGUGUGUGUUCCGUCGUGGAGAAUGGAGUUUCAUUUGGCGUUCUGUGUUCAGAGUGCGCGGUGAUAGUCCCUGCAGUACAUAUGCCAGCUCAGAAACUUGUUGAUAAGCAUUCUCUGAAGAUUCUAAACAUGGAGCCUUCAAAUCUACCGCAGAAUCACUCUCAUCAACAGCUGAUGGGCAAUGGUGAUGAUUCAGACAGUAUUGACACCACAGUUCCAACAUUAACUGCCGGACCAGAUGCAUCGCAAGGGAGGCGUGGCACCGGCAUCAGAUUGCGUGAUAAAAUAACUGUCGCAGUAUUGUUCUACGUCAAUCUCAUCAACUAUAUGGACAGAUUUACAGUGGCUGGUAUCUUACAACAGAUUCAAACACACUACAACAUUGGUGAUGACAAAGGUGGCCUAUUGCAGACUGCCUUUGUUCUCAGUUACAUGGUGUUUGCACCAGUCUUCGGCUACCUCGGUGAUAGGUACAAUCGCAAACUACUGAUGGCACUGGGUGUCCUUCUGUGGAGUGGCACCACUCUUGCUGGUUCCUUUGCAAAUAGUUACCAUAUGUUCCUGACAUUCCGUGCCCUUGUUGGGAUUGGAGAAGCAAGUUACUCAACUAUAGCUCCAACUAUUAUUAGUGAUCUCUUUGUUAAGGACACUAGAUCAAAAAUGCUAGCUCUGUUUUAUUUUGCAAUCCCAGUUGGCAGUGGCCUGGGCUACAUCAUUGGCUCAGAGACUGCGCGUGCCACUGGUGUGUGGCAGUGGGGUUUGAGAGUAACCCCUAUAAUGGGUGCUAUUGCCGUAAUUCUCAUACUCUUGGCAAUGGAAGAUCCAAUGAGAGGCGAGAGUGAAGGGAGAUCGGAUAUCGGACGAACUUCUUGGCUGCAAGAUAUUCGUGCUCUUGGCAAUAAUGCCAGUUUCAUGCUGUCAACCCUCGGCUUCACUUGUGUCGCAUUUGUUGCUGGUGCCCUGGCGUGGUGGGGUCCAAUGUUUAUUCACUAUGGACUUGUUCUACAACCUGGCCACGAAAAUGCAACUCUUAAUGAUGUUUCUUAUAAGUUUGGAAUCGUGGCCAUGUUUUCUGGAUUGGUUGGGGUUCCUCUGGGUUCCUGCUUGGCUCAAUUUUUGAGACCUAGAUACCCUCGUGUGGAUCCUAUGAUAUGUGCCAUAGGGUUACUUAUUAGUGCCCCACUACUGUUCAUCGCAUCACUCCUAGCUGAAAGUAGCAUCUCUGUAUGUUACAUAUUUAUAUUUUUUGGAGAAGUAUUCUUGAACCUCAACUGGUCUGUAGUGGCUGACAUGUUGUUGUAUGUUGUAAUACCAACCAGAAGAUCAACAGCAGAAGCGUUCCAGAUUCUUCUUUCCCAUGCUCUAGGUGAUGCUGGCAGCCCUUAUUUAAUUGGUGUGAUUUCUGAAGCUCUGAAGACAUCACUAAACAGACCAGAUGUUUCUUUACAUGCUAAUUCCACAAUUCUUAGAAAUGACACUAUGAUAAUUGGAGUUCAUGAAACGGAGGAUCCUGUUGUGCGGUUCAAAAGUCUGCAAUAUGCUCUAUUCACAACAAGUUUUGUUGAAGUACUUGGUGGUCUCUUUUUCUUGAUAACAGCUCUGUACAUAAUUCGGGACAGAAAAAAAGCAGAACUGGAACAUCAAGGUGCUGAACAUCCACAGCCAAGACAUCUUUUUGCUGAUGACUGAAAGUGGUUUAGGGCUGUAAAUCAUUACACGGUGUGUUGGGCAGUAUUUAAAAGUGCACGCUGUUCCUAAUUCCCUAUGUGAGUGUGGUCAUUUGUUAUGUUGUAGUACUGACAGAAACAAUGUGCUUACAUUGCACCAAGUGCUGGUGAGUUUGAUAGUAAAUGCAAGUCUGCAGUAUAUGAUGUGAACAGUGCAACAAGGAAAUGGUUUAAUCAGUUUUAGGGAAAUGUGCUCUGCAUUGUUACAUAAUAUUUAUUGUACUUACCCAGCAGUUAGCAAGGACUGACUAGAUGUGCUGUACAGUUAGUGAUAAAAAUUGAGUGGUUCAAAGAAAUAUUUGUCUUGUCAAAAGAAACUUGAUAAAAGAUUGUGAUACUGAUAUUUCUAUUUUUGUGCUGAAAAUAAUUUGUUGUAACUUUUAUCAUGAUGCAGAAAUCUGCGUUAUGUAAAUGCAUCAUACACUGGGGCAGAAAUUAAAUUUCUGUUGCUUUUUACAACAUUAUCUGUCCGGUUAUAUCUCAGUGAGAAGUUGGUUGAUCAAAUUUUUAUGUAUAAUUAUGCAAAUGGCAUUGAAUUAUUACGUCAACAGUGAAAUGAGUCAAGAACAAAACUGUAUCAGUGUCUUAAUUUCUGUUGUAUUUGUGCACCAUUGUUUAGCAGUUUUGUAAGAAUCUAUCAUUGUUAGCUGAAUAAUGUUAAGUUGUUCUGUGCCACUUUCUUGACAGUGACUUAAGUUGAUACUGUCCAUUUGAUAACAACAAAAUUUAUGUAACUUUUUGCAGAGCAGAUAUGAAACUGUUUAUAUUAAACAGUAAACAACAUUUCAUUGCUGAGCAAUGAGCAUGAUAAACACAUGUCCAAGAAUUGUUCCAUGCCACUUAGAUAUAUAUGGAUUUUGUGUGAAGUUAGCCUGGCACUCAAAAGUAUGUACAGUAAUUAUUAAACUGAGCACUUCCAUGUUUACUCAGUCGUCUGGCACUAACAAAGAAAGUCCACUUGCCAAAAUACUGAAGUAUUCGACUGUUCACCCUGAAAUUCAGUUAAAAUAAAUUCAUUAAAAUUUUUUCAACCAACAAUCAAUGGUAUAUGGAUUUUUCAUUUUUUACAUAGUAAUUAUCUCAUUAGUUAAUGCCAUCUUCCAAAAGAAAUUUUUACAGCAAGAAAAAUAAAAGGUUGUGGUUCCAAACUCGUAACUAAAUAAGUAAGUUCAUUACAGACAAUAGAGUGACAACUAUAGUGGGGUGGGGGUGGAGGGAGGGGUACUAUGCUGUGUGUAUUUUGCUCAGGGUUUUCUAUAACAUUAUUACAGAAGUUUACUGUUCAUAAUGAUGAAAACAAUUAACUUAAUUGUUCUGUACUACAUUACUUCCUUUUAUAACAAGAUAUUAGAUAUUUACCCUGAUGGUAAAAAUGCUUUUGCUUUCUCAUGUGCAUUUGAGUAUCUCUUCACCCACUUUUUUCCCCCCAGGAGCUAGUAGAACAGAUACCUUUUCUGUUACCUUUUGUCAGACAUCAUUAAACUGUGGAAUCAAAGACUGUAUCAUAAUUACUGAAAGACUUGGAAUUUUCUUUAUGAAAUUAUUGGUUAAGAACAUGUGUAAGUUCAAACAUGUCAGAUGUUUUGGUUAUUUGUAUAAGAACAGUACUCUUCCACAAAAAGAAGCUUAACAUUUUAGUAGCAUUUAAGUGUAAUGUGACUAAAAGCAAAAGUUUUAUUUAAUCUGGAAUUGUAACAUAAAUAUGUGUUACGUAUUUUUGGUAUCACUGGAUGUACAUCAUUUAUUACUGUUCACUGUUAUACUCUAAAUGCAGUGUUUAUUUGUCAUCAUUAAUCUGUAAUUCACUUUGUUACUAUAUUGGCAAGAAAAGGAUGUUGUAAUUAAGUCUUCAGCAUUGGUUUUGAUUCUACUGUUACGUAAAACUUGCACAAUUGUAAAUCUUCAAACGAAUUAUUUAACAUCAGAAAAAAUAACUGAUUACAUGAUUGCAUGUAAUAACUGUAACAACUGGUGACAAAAAAGAGUAGGAAAGGAGCAAAAGAAUAAGGAGGAGGAGGAAGAAGAAGAAAUUAUUGUUUGUAAGUGUCAUUGACAAUACGAUGUAAAUCAUUUCAUGCCUUAUUGAGGUCAAGUUAGGACUACUUGAUUUACUACUUACUUUGAUAAUGAAUACCACUAUCUUGCCACAGGAGUCUUGCAUUGGAAAUUUUUUAUAUAUAUGCACUCUGUGUUUUAAUUAAAUGAUUCUGAAGAUUGUCAUCUCGGCAUUUGCUAAAAGAAUUGCCGGUUAAUUUAGUUUGCAUUAUGUUACUGCCCCCUCCUCCACACCUUUCCUUCCACUUGAUUAUUUGAUAGUAUGGCAUUUGAUAGUACCACAUUUGUCACAUAACUAAUCUUUCCCAAUUUCCCAUAGGAACUGUGUUAAAUAUCUCCUGACGAAACUUAACUCGCCCACUGGAUCCCAAAUAUCUAGUUAAUUUGUAACUAAACUCAUGUAGAUAUUGCCAGCAGUAAUGUUUCAGCUGGUUAACACCCGCUGUCAUUAAAACUAAAUUUUUCAUUAAGGCAUUUCAUGAAGAUGGUGAAACAGUGUUUGACCUACUGCUCACCUAGCGUCAAUCUCUUUCCAUUUUCAAUAGCUUUCUGCAGAAUUUCAAUGGCAUGAGUACCAUUAGGAAAAAUAUUGUAGACAUAACAUAACUCACAGGUUGAGUAUUGUCCAUAAAAGCUGGAAAUAAAAGCUAGAGUUGAAUUCCAGCCCACAAUUAGCAUUAUAUCAUAGUCUGAUUUUAGUGGAUACCAUCUACUAUAUUAUGCUUCCAAAUUAUUGUGAUAUACAAAUCCAGCCAGUAUACAAAAUAAUUGGACUAUACUGUUAAGAAAAGUGGAAUUUGUAGAAAAACAACUUUUUCAUCAUCAGCCAUUUGUCACCUACUCCCUGAUAAAGGCCGCCUCUUCACUUUCACGUGCACUGCUGUUUUCAGCUAAUCCUCUAUGUUUGCAAAUACCAUUGUCUACCCUCCUCCCACUAAAUAGUCAACUUAGUCUCUUUUUAGCUCUUUGAAUGUAAUAAAGGGCUUCUAUGGUACAAUGACCAUCCAUUUACUUGACUUCUUGUGACGCCCCCCUAAAUUUCAUUUUCACCACAGUUUUAGUUAUGUCUCCUACUCCCAUUUGCUUCCUGAUACAUUUCUUUAUUUUUGUAUAGUAAUUGUCAACAUGCACCACUCAUUUGUUCAUUGUUGUCAGAUUAAAAUAUUCAUGUUUAACUGACAUUAGUCAAAACUGAUAAUACACACUGAUUCAGAAACAUCAGAAUCUCCAGUAUGAAGACAGUAAAUUAUGAAAAGCAGUCCAGGUCAGUUUUAUUCUUCUGUUGGGGUUUUUGUGUAUCACGUUAUUUCCUUUUAUGUGGUCUAAAUGCAAAAACUCAUCAACUAGUUUGAUGACUUAAUUGUUUAUUGACCAGGGGGAGAGGUUACAAAUACUUGUUUGGCUAUCUAGAUUUAAGUUUCCAUGGUUAUUCUAAAUCAGUCAUGACAAAUGCCGGGAUGCUUCCUCUGAAGAGGAUGGGACUCAUUUACUAAAUCGUGCUUCCUUAAUCUGAGCUUGUGGUCUCUCUCUAAUGAUGAUAAAUGCUAAUCUCCCUUUCUUUCAUGAAGAUUCUUAUAGACAUGAUGUGUGAAUGAAUGAAUAGUAAAUGUUUUCGCAAAGCCUGACAGCUAGAAUCCACAUCUAAAAUAAAUCCUCUGGAUGUAUGUUAACCUGAUUAACUAAACAGCAUUCUCAAAGGUAAUCAAAUGACCUGUAACAUUGUCUCCACCACACAGAGGAUACAUGUCAAUUUAUAGAUCUAGGUCCCUAUAUUUGAUUACAUUUGUGUCACUAAUGACAUGUUAACAUCUAUGUAUUUUAGCUGUCUUGAUAUCUUGCACGCUAAAUGCAUCUUAUGACUAUCUGGGUUCUAAACAGAAGGAAACAUAUUGUGGCAGUAAGUGUGAAACAAAACUAUGGG